CCGGUCUUGUAAAUGUUUUGAUCAUGCGUCUUCAAUUGUUCAAAUUUCACUUGGUAAGUCUAGUGAAAUCAGUUCAAUAAAAAGAUCCUAACCCCCGGCAGUUGUUUCCUCCCGGGCCAAAGGCAAUGGCGACAUUAGUCUCCGCAUCUCUCAACAACCCCUUUUCAUACUCGCAUAUCCCCAUUUCUUCGAGCCAACCCGUUUUAUUGUUCCCCAAUUUCCUCCAUUUGACCACAGUUCAUCGUCACCCUAACAAGAGAAGCUCUUCUCGUGAUCAAAGAGGGCAUAAAGCUUUCGCUAAAAAUUCAAGCAAAAACGAGGAAGAAGAAGACCCAUCAAUCCCCUCAUGGGCCAAACCCGGUUCUCAAGAUCCGCCUCCAUGGGCUAGAGAUGAGCCCCAAAAAGAAUCUCUCAGCUUCGAGAUUCCCUUCUAUGUGUAUCUUCUUGCCUCAAGUAUCACUGCAAUUGCUGCAGUAAGAAUAUUUCUUGAUCCAUGUUUGGCAUAUAUUGCAAAAAAAAAAGCAUCUUGACGGAUUCUUGAACCGGGCUCUUUUUGGGCGCAGGUCGGGUCGGUUUUUGAGUAUGUGAAUCAAAAGCCGGUUUUUGGUCUUUUGAACUCCGAUAGUGUAUUUUACACUCCUCUUCUUGGGUUCUUUGCUUUUUCAGGCAUUCCCACUUCUGCAUAUCUUUGGUUCAAGUCGGUUGAAGUUGCUAACAAGGAGUCAGAUGAGCUAGACAAGAGGGAUGGGUAUCUUUAGCUUCUUAUACUCCAUUGCCUCUGAUAAAGGCUCCUCUUACUUUUUUUGGAAUGGCGAAAAACAAGGUUCCAAAAAGUAAGAAUUGUGUGGUUCAUAUUGUUUCUUUUCUUUGUAUCCCUGUAUAACUCUCAUUCUAUGAACUACGGAAACUCUUAGAACUCCCCAAACACUCUUCUUUUAUUAAAAGAUGAUGUUGCUCGUUUCACGUUUCUCCAUGAAUCUCACGUUUCCAUGCA